UAUUGAACCUAUUAAAGAUCGACACUUGAACCUCUCUGCUGAAUGAAAUACAUUGACUGAGAGUCAAUGGUUUUAUUGUUCUUAUGAAUGAAUCGUUUUAUAACUCUGCAUUACAUAGCCCCCCAACAGGAUCUGCACUGCAGAACUUUGUCUUGAUCUUCACAGAUAACAUUGGCAGGAGUGCAUGAGUCUGCAUAUGCACCUCAUGCCAGCAGAACAACGAGGGGAGGGUCCAGCGAGUUAAAGCGAAUGAAUGGUCCAGGUAAGGAUGGGGAAAAGUUGAGAGAUGAGCCAAAGGGACGGGCAGGGAACAAGAAACUCGAUAGAGCUUUGUUUAUAAGAAUUCAAACUGCAGUGCUUCUUUUUUCUAGACAGUUUUGAUUUUCUUUGGUGUUCAGUUUAUUUUCACUUCAUUCCUUUAAUUGAAUCUGAGCCAGGCCAGAGCUGCAAUGUGGCUGUCUCUGCAGUGAAAGUGCUGCCUGCCGGACUCUCCUUGAGUGAACCCUGACGGUGCACAGUUUGGCUCCAGCGCUGUCCGAUCCACUGCAGCUCUUUGACGUGAUACUGCUGAAGAGGGGCAGUUUACAAAAGGUACAACAUUGGAGCCACGCAUCUGAAUAGGGCAGAAGGGACAUAAAGUUGUGCUAAUAGUUCAACAGUAACCAUCUCGGACUGGAUCCCACACCUGCUCUGGAGCUGGUUUAGUUGCCAUGGAAGUCCGGUGGAGUGGGGCUGAACCCCCGAGGCUUGGCUCUGCGCACACAGCAGUCAGCUUCAUCCUGUCUGCGCUGUUUGGAGUGUGGUCUGUUCAGGCACUAGAGAUGUCUGUGGGCAAAGUCCCUUUUUUGGAGGCAGUCAACGGCAGCACUGUCAUGCUUCCAUGUACAUACUUCAGCUGCAUUGGAAUUAAAGACCUCUAUUUCAGCUGGCAGUUCAAUGAUAAUGGCACGAUGCAGAAGGUGUGUGAUUCGACGAUUCCCUCUGAGGGGGUGGAGCCUCACGUGGACAUAUACAGAGAAAGAGUGUCUUUUGUGGGAAUGAACCGUGAAAACAACAUGUCCAUCCUCUUAUGGAACAUUACCUUUGACGACGCUGGUCAGUACACCUGCUUCGGACGCAAUCCAAAGGAGAAGGGAAAGAACCACAGUGCCAUUUUUCAUCUCAUUGUGGUGGAAGAGUUGAGGGUAGUGGACAACACAGUGACCAUCAUCAUAGCCUCCUGUGUCGGAGGAGCCAUCGCGCUCUUAAUGGGCUUCAUGUUGAUCAAGAACUUCACACUCUUUGUUCUGGCCAAGCUUGAGGAAAAAAAUAAGGAGUGCCUUGUAACUUCAUCAGGGAUCGACAAUACAGAAAAUGGCCUCUCAGGAUCCAAAGCUGACUCAAAGCCAACACCAAAAAAGAAAUAAGAAAGUGCAUGUAUGUAUGCUCAUAAGUGCUGACAACUUUGGACCUUUUUUGCAUAUUUAUAUAAUGCUCACAUGCAAUGCAAAAACAGAUAAAGCUGGGAUCUGAAAAAUGUGCCUGGCUGUGGCCUUUUUGACAACAAAAUAUGCAUUGACAAGGUAAAAAAAAAAAAGUGCAAGUAAUGCCCAUCCCAUCGCAAAUUUUACCAAGUCCCAUAAUUUCUUCGAUCCUUUGAUAUGUUCAUCAUUUCUCUCAUUCUUAUGGGAGAACACAUCACUUGUCCAAAGAUACAACCGUGGCAUUGAUUCAUGUAGAGAUAAUGUACUCAAAGAUGUAAUCAUAAGCUUAAUCAAGUCUUUAGAUAGUAGCACUUGCCCUGUAUGCUUCUUACACACUAUCAUAACUUCUAAAACACAUACUGAACCUGGACGUCAAAUGCUUAAGACAGAAAAAUGUCUAUUUGGUAACUGGGCUGAGCACUCACAUAUACUCUAGUAUACUGUAGUAUAUGGUAGUCAGCUCUACUUCAGUUCUUAGACAACCCUUUUUCAUUUACAUUCUCUUAGUACUAACCAAAACAUUUGAAACCAAAUGUCUACAUUUUUUUGCUUAAAACACGAGUGCCUAGCAGUGUUUUGAUGCUUUUCGCAGAAAAGAACUCUUCAUCCAAUGUCUGAAACUAAACUACAAUAGGUUUUCAGACUGGAAAGCCAAAUUAGUUACCCACAGCUGUAAUAAAAGAGGAUGAUGAUGCUUUUAGGAUUUAUCUAAUCUAACAAUGCAUGUGCAGCUCCUCUCAUUUAGUUUUAGAAACUUGAAAAAAGGAAAACUGGUGACAUGAGUACUAAUAGAGCUACUUUAACUCCAGCUUUUCCUGCUUAAACCCCGAUGAUGUCACGGGUGACUAAAGCUAAUCGCUAUCUACAGAUAUUUUAUUCUUUGCCACAAUAUCACUGAAUCUUUUUACUUAACUAAGUGUCUCCAGAAAAGAUCAUGCAUUUCUGAUCAGUUAUAUAGUUAGUUAGUACUGUCACCAAUACUUAAGCAAGUCAAUAAUGUGAUGGGGGCAUCAUCACAGAGCCACUGGUAUAGGUCAGCUGUAAAUCAGGAGAGUAUAGUACAGCCUGUGCCAAAUGGUGACACUUCUACAUGUGCUGUGAGCAUCAUGUUUUGACUGUACAAUGCACACACUGGAAACACUGAACGCAGAUGUUGCACACCCAAGACUAUGAAUGUCUGUUAUCAUUACCUCUGGAGAGCGAGGGGGAGACAAACACUGUGUCUUUGGCAGACUUGAAUGUUGGCUGCCUUUUCAGUAUAGACCUCAUGUAGGAAGUCAAAGAGCAUUGGUGGGCCUAUUCUUAUGAUGACUGAAAAUGAUCCUGUUUAUAUUUGUGUCUCAUGUCUUCCGUCAUUGAAAUCGCUGAAGCAAUACUGUAUCAUGUGACAUUUGAAAUGAUCAAUAUUUUACGUGUGUGGUGGGGUUUGAUUGCUUGUUGCCUAUAAGGAGGUAAAAGCCCUUAUAACAGAUACAGAUAAAGUGUUUGUAGUGCCCAAGUUGCUUUAAAAUCUGGCUUCAAUAAUCUGCCCUGACAAAUUGUAUUUAAUUCACAUGUCUUUAAUAAGACAGCACACAAAGUCAAACUUUUUGCACACAUUAUUUAUUUUAUAAUAUUUGUUUUGACAUGACAACAAGCCAAUCUAUGCAAACAUAAUGAUAUGCUAUGCCCAUUCAAAUGAUCAGCAAUACAAGACAUAGGAAUACCUCCAAAUUGGAACCUAUUCUUUUGGUUGUAACUUGUAGGAUCAGAGGUGGGUAGAGGGCUUGAGAACAUGUACUGAAAAUUUUGAUUAUCUAAUGUGGUAUUUUCAAAUCGUAGACCACAAAAUUUGAAAAAAAUAUGUAAAAUCAGAAUGAUGGGGGGGGGGGGGUCUAUUCAGACAGGUACUGUUUUAUUUACUGAAGUCAUUGUACUUGAGUAAAUGAAAGUAGAUCCACCUCUGUGUAGGAUGUGUGGUAAAAAUGGAACAUCCAUAGUGAAGCAAGAGUAAAAUCCCUGUCAAGCUUGCAGUAUGCGCUCUAAGUCAUAUAGUGUUACUACUUACAUUACUGCAAUAAAAUAAAUGAAAAUGCUCUUUCUCGCUUUAAAAAGAUGUCCCAUUUUAGCCAUCAUCCAUGUAUAAGAGAUCUGGGUUUCUGUAGAGGC